CCACUUUGUGCUAUGGAAACUGCGUGUGUCACAAAGCAACAACUUCAUCAGCUGACCACAAGGAAUGCAGGGCAACAAAUGCACAGAAGAUGCAGAGGGAGAUCCUGACAAUGUGGAUCCCUUUUACCAUCAAGGCAAAUUGGCAUGUGCCAUGUUUUUGGUUCUUUUUAUUCUGUCAUUCUUGGUAAUAGGAAUCGUAACAGGUCUUAACUUUUCCAAGAACCCACAGAGAGAUGAGAACAAAAGCCUUUUUUCUGAUGAAAAAACACCUAUUCCAUUCCAAUACAAAGGGCCCUGUUCGGAUGGUUGGAUCACCUAUAAUAACAGCUGUUAUUUGUUAGUUGAAGCUCAUGAGACAUGGGAAUUAUCAAAGUCUCUAUGUCAUGAGCAUGGGGCUCACCUAAUGGUUGUGAACAGUGAGGAUGAGCUGGAGUAUAUUUCAAAAGUUGUUCAAAAGACGACUGACUACUGGAUUGGUCUGAAAAGAGAUGGAACGGGGAAAUGGAGCUGGGUAAAUGGAGAUGGUUAUCAUUUAACUACAAAUUUCUGGGAUAACGGUCAACCUGGUCAUGGUGAUGUGGAGUCCUGCAUUCACUUGAAUGGAAUCGAAAGCGCACGUCUGUUACAUUAUGCUGACUGUAACAGUAAAAGAUAUUAUAUUUGUGAACGCAAACUAAGAAAAGUGUAGUAUAUAGGAACAUUUUGCCAACUGAAUUAUGGUGCUCUGCGCAUAACUCUGAUA